GGUCCUGUCGGCGGCGCCCGGGAGCGGCCCGGCUCCCCGAUGCUCCCGCGCCGGCUGCCGCGGGCCGGGCUGUGCGCGUAGUGCCCGGCUCCGGCCCCCUGAAGUGCCCGCGGGGUUGGGAGCGGCCUCGGCCCCGCGGAGACGGAGCGGCUGGAGGACGAGGCGGCGGCCGCGGGGAGGAGGAUGGGGGCUAACCAGUUAGUGGUGCUCAACGUGUACGACAUGUACUGGAUGAACGAAUACACCUCGUCCAUUGGAAUUGGCGUUUUUCAUUCGGGCAUUGAAGUAUAUGGCAGAGAAUUUGCUUAUGGUGGCCAUCCUUACCCCUUUUCUGGAAUAUUUGAAAUUUCCCCAGGAAAUGCUUCUGAACUAGGAGAAACAUUUAAAUUUAAAGAAGCUGUAGUGUUAGGGAGCACGGACUUCCUGGAGGACGACAUCGAGAAGAUCGUGGAGGAGCUGGGCAAGGAGUACAAGGGCAACGCCUACCACCUCAUGCACAAGAACUGCAAUCACUUCUCCUCGGCGCUGUCGGAGAUCCUCUGUGGGAAAGAGAUCCCUCGCUGGAUCAACCGACUGGCCUACUUCAGCUCCUGCAUUCCCUUCCUACAGAGUUGCCUCCCCAAGGAGUGGCUCACGCCUGCGGCUCUGCAGUCCAGCGUCAGCCAGGAGCUGCAGGACGAACUGGAGGAGGCUGAGGACGCCGCCGCGUCCGCCUCCGUGGCCAGCGCUGCGGCCGGCCCCAGGCCCGGGCGCCACACCAAACUCUAAGCGUCUCCAAAGCCCCCCCCAGAGCUGUCUCGGACAGGGGACGGUCAGCUAGAGAAAAGUACAAGAGCACGCGUCCUCUGGACAUUCUGUAUGCAAAGAUGGCUCCCCCCCCAAUCCCAGUUUUUCAGCUCAGGAUUAUAUUUGUAAUCAAAAGAAUCACUCGGCGCAGGAGGGAGAACUUUGUAUGAAGCUGCCCUCUGGUUUUUUUUACCCACUUGUAAAUUCGGAUUUCCUUCUGUUUUAUACGAGCUCUGUUCAGUUAUGUUUACAGUAUUUUGUAUCGCUGUUUACAAAUCGUGCAUGGACUCCUGCCACCGUGGAAGAAGGAAGCAUUCGCGGCCCCAGCGGGCGAGGCGGGCCAGCUCUGUGGCCUCCCAACAUCGGCCAGAGCUGUGGCGGGGCCCCCAGGCACGCAACAGGUCCUGGAGCAGCCAGAGUCACCGUCCCCUGCUUACGAAUGGUCUUUUAGGUUCGUGUUUGGUUUUGUCCAUGUUCGGGACGCAGAGGGGAAGGAGAACCCGGGGCUGAGGGCGGUGGCUCACAGCCCCGCAAGGGAGCGCGGUC